GUCGGAAGAGGGGGUGAGCCGGGGUGUGCCCCGAUCGAUUACCGAGAGGGGGUUGGUGAGGCGGAGGUGAUGUUGACGUGGAAGUCGGGAUUGGUGGAAGACGUGGAGGUAGUGCGGCAUCCAAAGAUCCAGUGAGCUCGCGAGACAUGGUGAUUUCUCCCGUUGAGCACUUGGGCAUGGAGAAUCAGACAUGAUUGGCAGUUCAGAGGAUGGAAUGCGUCCCUGGCCUGGGAAAAGAAAAGGGGGCCAUGCGUUCCUCAGGCGCAGAUUGGAUGCGGACAGUUCGACAGAUGCAAAGAUGUCUUGAUCCCUUGCCUUGGACUGGAGCCUCCAUGUCGUUAGUCGACGGACAAGAGUCCAGAACAGUGUCACUCUGGUACUCUUUUUCUCCGUUUCUUUUUGGCGCUUGUUUGGUGCAGAACACCAAGAAAGAGUUGGUGUCGUCAAGAGGGAAAAGAUCUUCCAGGAUGUUCGUUGUCUGGGUAAACGUGCGGUGCUGCCAGCCCAGCCCAGUCCCAACCUGCCAAAGCGUAUCUUGGAGCCGUGUAUCCCAUCCGUACGUGUGUGCGUGUGUACUUCGGACGGAUGAAGAAGACCAAGUCGUCGUGGUCAUCCCCAUGCUUUCAAGUCGCGAUUGGUGCGCCAUAGUACUCUGUCUCUCAUCCAUACCAGCCACAGCCCUGAUCCAAAUCCCUUCAUCUCGACAGCGUGCGAUCUCGUCCGAGGUUCUUCUCCGGCGGCAUAAAUUGGCCGAAAACAGGAAUCCUGAGUUCGACUCUGGGGAAUCCAAUGUCAUUUUGGUCAAUCCCCCGUUGUUGCGUUUCAGCCGACCCGGUCGCCAUGAUAUCAUCGUACGAACAUCGGGGAAUAUCAUCAUCUGUUAAGACCUGCAGCCGUCCUAUCACGGCGUCGUCACCAGGUCGGAGUGAGUGGACCGGAGGCCUUGGAUGUCGGCUCGAGGGGGUUUGAGGUUUUUCCUGGCC